UCUGUAAAAACAGAACGCGGGCUAAUGUAAACUUUAAAAAAAACGGUGUUUUUAGAACAAAAGUUUCCAUGCAAAUACUAAUCCUGCGGAGAAAGCACGAAACAAAUGCGGAAUUAACGGUUUGUCGCUGCUGUGUCGCCACAGAAUAGUACAUCUUGGAGAUUGGCAUGGGCCGACUUUAACUAACUUUGAUAGCUGACUGCUGCUAACUACAACAUAACCGCAGAGCUAAGAUGAAGAGAAGAGCUGAAGCAGCGUCAACAGUAGUGCAGGAGACAAAGAGGCGUCGUGAAGACAGCAGCUCAGAUGAAGAGUCUCAAUUGUCCAGACAAGACUCCAGCCAAAAUGAUUCCCUCAGUGACCAAGAGGAUCAAAGACCAGGAUUUUCCAUGCCCUCCAUAUCAUCCCUUGAUGACCAAGACACUGACCCCACACAGGCCUCCUCUGAUUUCUCUAUGUACAACACUAUGUCACAGAAACUCAUGGCCAAGAUGGGCUUCCGUGAGGGUGAAGGUCUGGGGAAGUUUGGCCAGGGACGCAAGGAGAUCGUGGAGGCCUCUAACCAGCGAGGGAGACGGGGUCUGGGUCUCACACUGCAGGGCUUUCAGGGGGAGCUCAAUGUUGACUGGCGCGAUGAACCAGAGCCCAGUGCCGUACAGAAGGUCGACUGGUUCCCAGAAUGCACCACAGAGACACCAGAUGCAGAUGAGCUGAGGGACUGGAUGAAACUUGGAGCGAGAAAACUUAAGAUUGAGGAUGAGAUAGAGUUUUGCACUGAAGACCUUCUACACAUGUUACUCAGGUGCAAGACAGUAUUUGAUAACCUGGAGGGCGAGGAGAUGAGGAGAGCACGGACACGCUCCAACCCGCACGAGACAAUCAGAGGAGGUAUUUUCCUCAACAGAGCAGCAAUGAAAAUGUCCAACAUCGACCAUUGCUUCGACCAGAUGUUCAGCAACCCGAAGGAUUCACAAGGGAAACCUCUGACCAAGGACCGCGAGGGGGAACUGAUGUACUUCGGCGACGUCUGCGCGGGGCCCGGAGGCUUUUCAGAGUACAUACUGUGGCGGCGGCGUUGGCAUGCCAAGGGGUUUGGCAUGACGCUGAAAGGAUCCUGUGACUUCAAACUGGAAGAUUUCUUUGCGGCGCCAAGUGAGCUGUUUGAGCCUUACUAUGGUGAGGGAGGGGUGGAUGGGGAUGGAGACAUCACUCGGCCAGAAAACAUGACUGCUUUCCGAAACUUUGUCCAGGAGAGUACAGAAAGAAGAGGGCUGCACGUCCUCAUGGCGGAUGGGGGUUUCUCUGUGGAAGGCCAGGAAAACCUCCAGGAGAUCCUGAGCAAACAGCUGCUGCUCUGUCAGUUACUCACUGCCCUUUCGACACUCAGGACAGGUGGUCACUUUGUCUGUAAGACUUUUGACCUCUUCACUCCCUUCAGCGUGGGUUUGAUCUACCUGCUCUACCUCUGCUUCGAAAGGAUCAGUCUCUUCAAGCCCGUCACCAGCAGGCCUGCCAACUCUGAGAGGUACGUAGUGUGUCGCGGUCUGAAGCCCGGUACCGAAGCCGUGAGGGAAUACAUGUUCAGACUCAACCUGAAAGUGAACCAGCUGAGGAACACCGACAACGACGUGACGGAAGUGGUUCCCCUGAGCAUCAUCAAGGAAGACACCGACUUCUACCGGUAUAUGGUCAACGCCAAUGAGAGCCUCUGUGUCGUCCAGAUCAAGGCCUUGGCUAAGAUCCACGCCUUCGUCAUCGACCAAAAACUUUCAGAGUCGAAGCAGGCAGAUAUCAGAAAGGAGUGCCUGAAACUGUGGACGGUGCCAGACCAGGCCAGAGUCACUCCUGCUUCCUCAGACCCAACGUCCAAAUUCUACGAACUGAUUAAGAACUCGGAUGUGGAGCCGUUCCAGUCCAAGCUCACACCUCUGAACACCACUACACUCGAGAAGUUGCGUCAUAUCCUGGACCACAGGUGCAUUGUGGGAGGUGGAGAGCAGAUCUUCCUUCUAGCGAUGGGGAAGUCUCAGAUAUACACCUGGGAUGGCAAGAUGCCUGUGCGCUGGAGGAAACUGGAGAAUUUCAAGCUGGAGCUGCCAAGAGAUACACUUCUAAGUGUGGAGAUUGUCCAAGAGCUGAAAGGCGAGGGCAAAGCUCAGCGCAGAAUCAACGCAGUUCACGUCAUGGACGCACUAGUCCUGAACGGCACUGAUGUAAGAGAGCAGCACUUCAACCAACGGAUCCAGAUGGCUGAGAAGUUUGUGAAGGCAGUGGCCAAACCCAGCAGACCAGACAUGAACCCCAUCAGAGUUAAGGAGGUUUACAGAUUGGAAGAAAUGGAGAAGAUCUUUGUCAGGCUGGAGAUGAAGGUGACGAAGAGUUCAGGAGGAAUCCCACGUCUGUCCUACACCGGCAGAGAUGACCGACACUUCCUCCCCACCGGCCUUUACAUCGUUAAGACGGUCAAUGAGCCGUGGACGAUGGCAUACAGUAAAAACUCCAAGAUGAAGUUCUUCUUUAAUAAGAUCACCAAGACCUCCACCUAUGAAAUGCCACCCAACUCUGCCGCCCCCUUCAAUGUUUGCCACGCUGAGCGGCUCUUCUGGGCCUGGGUGGACGGGGUGAUCGUUCAUGAUUCUCAGACACGGGUGGACUCUGAGAAACUGUCCAAAGAUGAUGUUUUGUCCUUCGUCCACCAGAAUUACCAGCACUGAAACGCUCACGGAGCCUCGGAGCUUCAUCAGCUACAACCGAGACAAAUAAUGCACUAAAUUGUGGAGGAUUUAGAGCUUUGGAAAAGGUUAUCAUACAAUGUAUUAAUUGAUAUUUAGUUAAAGAGGGAUUCAUAAAAUACUGCCUGAUAAAUACGUCUACGAAUACUUAGAACAGGAUUGUCAUAAAAGUUCAGCUUUUAUUAAUCCCUGUUUUUGUCGGUCGACUUAAAUAUCAAUUGGUAAACUGUUUUAUAACCAAGGCCCUCUUGUUCCUCUAUAUUCUGUCGCUAAGAGAAAGUACUACCAGAUUGUAACUGGAGUUAUGGAGCUCACGGGAUAAAUAGUUUGCUGCUCUUUCCAGCAGUGACGUUUGGACGGACAUUUUGAUAAACCACUUUAGCUUUCUGCUUUUUCGACCGCCCUCCAUGGCUCUGGAUUGUAACGAAUCGGACUCGCCGCAGAACCACAUGGCAACAAAAAGCUGCUGCCAUCGCCUCGUCAUUGGAUUGCAUGUCCCUGUCCAGUUCCAUGUGUGCGUGUACAUCACACUAGCAACGGCGAGAGAGAUGAAUCUUCUUCGAUUUGGACAAUGCUGGAUAGAGCGACACAGAUCUUAAACUAUGCAUCCAUAGCUGAAAACAGUCUCGCUUGCCUUGCUCUCCAUCUGCUCAGCUCCACGGGGGCCGGGGUUGUUUGCUCCGUCUCACAAAUCAACAACUGGCUCCUUGUUGGAGCUCCUGCAAAACUGUCGCUGAAGUCUUCAUGUUCAUGUUCUGACUUAUCCAUCGCUUCAACGUUCAUAUCAAUUCCAGAUGUAGACGGGUUUUUUCCACCAGUUAUCUUUGGUGUGUGUGUGUGUGUGAGAGCGUGUGUGUGUUUGUGCGUGUGUGUGUUUGUGCGUGUGUGUGUGUGUGCGCAUGUGCGUGUUAAACAUUUGGAAGGCGUCCUGUUAGAUUUUAGGUUGUUUUUACUCCUUUGUGAUUGUGCCUCAUAUCACAUCGACUGUGUUUUUCUUAAAUUCUGCAAAUUACUUAUUUUUUUCUUGUAAAGUUAGCUAUCAAUCUGUAUGAUGUAAAUAAUUAUAAUGUAGUAAAUAAAUGGGAGUUGUUCUUCCCAAAAAUAUAUUUUUCAACUG